AUUACUUUAUAUUUGGAGUAAACCUAUUUUUCACUCUAUUAUAGAGUGAGAAAUAGAGUACCAUUGGAACAUUUUUUACUCUAAACUCUAUUUUAAAAUAAAAAAUAGAGUAGGGUUGGAGAUACUCUUAGAGCAUCAUUAUUCCAGUCUCUAAAAGGGUAUUUUAGCCUAAUUGGAAUUAAAAAUAAAAUGAAAAAUACAUUAAUAAGAAAGAUACGUCUCUUAAUCAAGGAAAGGAAGGGAGGUCUCUUGUGGACAGGUGUCCAAAAAUGAGUGGGGAAGGGUAUUUCGGCUCCUCUCUCUCCCGACUUCUCUCCUCUUUUGGCUUCUCUGGGACAUCACCUCUUUUGCCCAUCCUCCUCAUCACUCAAUCUCCUAUACCCACUAAAAUCAUCUAUACCCAUAACUCUUUAAUGAAUUGUGGAAAGACUAAACUGACCUUGAUUUGGGGGGAUGGGUUGAAUGAAAAUCGAAAAUUGUAAUGUGAUUGGGUUGGGUUUGUGAUUGAAAAUCGUUGGUUUGGGAAGUUUGGUUAAUGGUUUUAUUAAAAAAAAAUUAAUUGAGAAAAGCUAAAUCCCAUCUUCUUCCUCCCCGCAGCUCCCCGAGCAGCUCCCUCCCCCAUCCCCGCUCCCCCAUCCGGCUCUGUCGCCGCAGCUUCUCUCCUCCUCCUCCAUUUUCAAAGUGUUUCCGGAGGUCUAGCAUUCCAUCGGCGCAAAUAUAGUUGGGUAUUGCAGGUAAACUCAGGUCCCCCAACUUCUCUUGAGAAAUGCAUGUAUUUGGAAUCGAGCUAGGAGCAAUGCACAACAGCAUUGUUUAGUUGAUGGGUCAAUUAGUAUAGCGAUUUGGUAUAAAAUGUAUUAAUGUGGUUGAAUUAAACGUUGAUAGAUGCGAUUCGAAACCUAGUGUUUUGGAUUAUUGUUGGAAAACUGGGAAAAGUAGAAUAACUAGGAAAACUCGAACAACUGGUAUAACUUUGUUGAUCUUGUGCGAUAUUUUUGGCAGGAUAGAAUGACUAAUAACGUAUUCGUACAUUUUACAUAUGAAGACUGCAUGUAUGGUAUAUCUGUGAAGGCAUCAGUGGAGGAUGUGACGCUGUCAAUGUUAUAAGAAAAGAUAUAUAAGAAGCUUGGGUUGGAUGAACGUAAGGAAAAACUGAAAUUGAGCUACAUUCCGAUGGUGAUACGUUGCAAGAAAGCUGUAACUAUUGCUGAUGAUGACGAUCUUUAUGUUUACCUCGGAUGUGUCGAUAAAGAGAACCAAAGAUGUCUUUUGGUUGUGGAGAGUAGUGAAAGGUCGGGAGCGAGACCACAAGAUAAACUUUCGAUAGCGGGUAAAAGUUCUGUUGGUAUGAACUACAACGAUUUGCAGCUAUUGGAACAUGAAGUUGGACCUAAUGCCAUUACAUUGUACGUUGGUGAGAACCAGGGGAAUAACGAGGUGAGUGCUAAAGAGACUGGUACUGGUAUGGAGACUGAUACUGGUAUGGAGACUGAUACGCCUGCGGAGACUGAUACGGCUGCGGAGACUGAUACAGGUAUGGAGAAUGAUACGGCUGCGGAGACUGAUACUGGUAUGGAGAAUGAUACUGCUGCGGAGAAUGAAACGGCUGCGGAGACUGAUACGGCUGCGGAGAAUGAAACGGCUGCGGAGACUGAUACCGUACAUCCAACCGCCGAUAAGUAUGUUGAAGAGCCACCUGCAAUAGUACGGAGUAGUUGUAUAGAGGAAUGGGGCGAUGGUUUGAGUCUCAAUAAACAUGACGAAUUUCCAAGUAAGAAGGCAAUUCAGGAGAUGGUGGAUAGAGCUGCAUAUUGUGAAUGUUAUCGUUAUGUCACUAAAAAGUCUGAUCGAAAUCGAUUGGUGAUAACAUGUUCGCAAGCUGACUGCAAAUGGGUAAUACGAGCUUCAAGGAUUGCUGGGACAGAAAUUUUCUCAAUAAAAAGCUACACGAAGAUGCAUACAUGCUCGCGGACACAACAAAGUGACAGCAACGACAAGAGAAGAGCGUCAGCAGAAGUAGUGGCAAGUUUUUUGAAUGAGGAAUUCCCAGGAGAUAUGCAAACUCCAACUCCAAAAGAUAUUAAGGCUCUGGUUAAGUCCAAACUUGGUGUCAUGAUAUCCUACUCCACAGCAUUGCGUGGAAAGAAUUUGGCUUCUUGUGAUACACGUGGUAGUCCGGAAGAUAGCUACAGGAUGAUGUAUAGCUAUUUGUACAUGUUAGAGAAAAUGAACACGAGAACAAAAACUAGUGUGAAAUUGGAUGACUCAGGUAAAUUCAAGUACCUCUUCAUAGCGUUAGGAGCUUGCAUUGAAGGGUUUGCAGUUAUGAGAAAAGUGAUUGUUGUCGAUGCAACAUGGCUAAAGAACGGAUAUGGGGGUGUUCUAAUUUUUGCCAAAGCUCAAGAUCCUAACCGUCAUUGCUAUCCACUUGCGUUUGCUGUACUUGAUGGAGAGAAUCAUGCUAGUUGGACCUGGUUUUUUGAGAUGCUUAGAAGCGUUAUACCAGACUCUUCUGAACUGGUUUUCAUGAGUGAUAGAAAUCCAAGUCUGAUAUUUGCAAUAGCAAACGUGUACCCUCAGGCUCACCAUGGUCAUUUUUUAUGGCAUUUGAAGGAAAAUGUUAAAGGGCAUGCUUCUAACGUCACCAAAGAUGUAGUCGGGCAUAGAUUCAUGGAGUUGGGAAAGAUGUACACAAUGGCGUAUUGCAGGACAAUUUAUGCUGUGCCAGACAUGUCUGUAUGGGAAGUCCCGGAUCACAUCAGGGAGCUGAAGAUCAUACCUCCGGAUCCUAUCAAGCGGAAGGGAAGGAAAAGAGUUAAUAGACUUCCAUCUGGUGGAGAACGCCGUAGGAGGACACAGAACAAAAAGCGGCCUAGGCAAAAUUUUGGUUUCAAUUGGCUGUUAUUUGGAAAUGGUUCAAGCCCUUCAGAGCAGAACACGGCCUAACCACAACUUGUUACUCUGUGUAAUUUGUAUUUUUUUCGGAAAACUCUGGAAAACUAUUUUUUCUUCUUUGUAAAACUGCAUUGUGUUUCGAGUGUGACAUUAUUAUUAUGUAGAUGCAAACUUGAUUCGUUAUGACAUUUACUAUUAUGAUUACUCUAGUCUGACUAAUAAUUCAAUUAAACAUGUUUUUUUCAAAACUUUCUCAAAAAUUAUGAAAACUCUUACUAUCUCCAUAAUAAACCUUAUAGUUUCACUCACACUUUGUGAAUGAAGAACAUGUCACAAAAGAGAUUAUCAGGUAAUGUUUGUUUCCCAAAUAUUUGUGCAGUGAACAAGAUAAAUAUCAUGUUCAAGUACUAAAAUCGAAAGUAAAACAAGAAAACCAAACUGAAAGCACUGGUAACACUGAAUAAAUUAUAAACCACAGAAAGUACAACUAUGAGCAAAUCUCGUAAAACUAGUAUCUUAUGUAAAACUAAGAACAAAUUUCGGGGAGGGAAAUGAAAUUACAUUGGCGCCAAAACAUAUGAGGGAAAAUAAUUAUUUUAAUUAUUUUAACUAUUUUCAUUUUUUUUCUCUAUUUUCUUCCAUUUCCCCUCUAUGUCACGUCCCAUCUCUCUCUCUCUCCACUCCAUCCCUCUACUUCUCCUCCCCCUUCUUUACCGAGCCAUCUCUCUCUCUCUCUCCACUCCAUCCCUCAUUCCUCUCUCUCGAUCUCUUUCGGUUUCUCCCAUUUCUCUCUGACAGUAAGAACUGAAGCAUGACUCAUCCCGACGAGGAGUACAGUCACAUGAAGGCCUUGAAGAGACACAACGACAUGCUUGGUUUCGUGGCUGAUGCACAGUACGGCGUCCCGACCAAGUGCCCGUGUGGUGGAGGUAUCAUUCCCGAGGUAUCUCCGUGUAACAAGUUUCCCAAUGAUUUUGAUACGCAACCUAGAAGGAGGUACUUCACCUGCAAAAACUUUGAGAAUAAUGGUCUCCACUUUCGUACGCCGUGGGUGUUCGCGAUUCAGGACGAGGUUACUAAGUUAGUAGACCGUGUCAAAGAGAUGGCUGAGGAGAUUGAUCGCCUCAAGGCUCAGCUUUACCAACUCCACCGUCCAUGAUCCCAUCUUGUUGCUCUAAGUUGUUGUUGUUCUAAGUUGUUGUUGUUGUUGUUCUAUGUCGUAUGAUGGUACUUUGAUCCAUGUUGCUACUUUCCUUCUCUAUGUGUGUGUCUUAUGACUCUAUGUGUGUGUCUUAUGACUUAAACUAUCUAUCUAAUGUUUAUGUGUUUUGUGGUUUA